CUUUCUCUUUGCUCUGAAGCAAGCUCGUAGUACGCUGGUCAACGUUCAUUUCAGUGAGUGGGGGAUGACUUGGGUGAGGGUAGAAGACGAAUUAGUUGUGACACGUAUACGGAAGAGACAUGAACACGAACUACAACCGAGGGAAAAAGAGUAUUUGUAUUACCUGCGAGUGCCGUUGUUCAUCUUGAUAUUCGUUUAAACGACCUUGACGUGGUCAACAGAGAGAAAACGUGGAGUAAGGCUUUUUAUUAAUUGCCUCCACAUUGUCCGUGUCCUUUAACUUCUUUGUGAAGAUUCGCCCCGCCCACUGCGAUGUUGACCGCAGGAGCCACGGUCCCACCUCCAACCUGGGACGCGACCAGCAAGAUUCCGCAGGACCACGAGCUUCUCGCAGCGGUGCACCGGGAGAAGACGGUCAGUGAGAAGUUGCACAGCAAAGUUGCGGAGUACAAGCACGCGCUGCAGGACCGCAUCCAGGGCCUGGACGAGCAGAUCAAAAACGCCGUGACGGAGCUGGUCGAGGAGAGCGAGACCGAGAUCCGCGGCAUCGAAAGCGAGCGCAUCGAUAUUCUGAAGCAGUUAACGGACCUGCAGGAGAUCCGGAUUCGCUUGGAAGAUAUGCAUCGCAAAAGUAUCGUACUAGUAUAAAUUGCAUAUACAAAUUUUCGCAAGAAGAAAAGUGGAAUUUGUAAUGCUGUUUUACUUUAGGAGGAAGAUUUGUCAUGCAUAUUUGCAAUUAGAAGCACGAGUACGACUACGAUAGAUACUUUUGCACUGCAUAAAAGAAGCGAUUCAGCGAAAGCAAAAACUGAAGCAGCGCACGGAGACGGAGCUGAAAUCGGGUAGGAAUCGAGCGCUGAAGCAAAAACGAAACCAAGAUGUAGCGGCACAGGUAUUUGAUAAACGCGAAAAAUAGUUGCAUUCGGAUUGUGGAUGCAGGUUUUUAAUGCAACAAUAACAAACAUUUGCAACAUUGCGACUGAACAAAGAACACGCGGCACAUGCGUACGACUUCGGCUGUCGGAGACAUCACGCAUGAAAGCAUUUCCGGCCUCAGAUACUAAAUGAUCGAUCCCACAGAUGCUCAUCUGAAAGUACGAAGUUUGACGAAAGCAUGUGGAUGUGCGUGCAUGAUCUGAAGAGUUUUGUAAAAGACCGAGAAGAAGAUGAAGCGACACCGUUUUCUCUUUCGAUGAAUGCGGACGAUCUGCAUCUGCUCAACCAUAGAUGAUACAUGCCGAAGAUGCCAUUCCGCCAAGACAGGCUAAAGUAUCGAUUUAUUAUCAGUUGCUCGCCGAGCUUCUGGAAGGGCUUGGCGGGAGAGUGCGGAGCACCCCGAGGGAAAAUGCGCAAUUUGGGCAGCCACAAAGGCGGGCUGCCGCAAAUGACGGAAUUGUGCAACUUGUUCUUGGAAUUUGCGCACCUUCCCUGGCCAGUAUGCCCUCGUGCAUAACGUUACGCGCGACGGCAUAGUGGCCUCGAGAAAAGCUACUUUGUUUGCAGGGGCCUCGAAAGGAUGCCCCGCUGCGAGUUCGCCGGAUUUCGAACGCAAUGCUUAUCUCAGCAGGAGCCUGCGGGCCGCCGCGGACGACACUACUUAGCUGUCGGUCCGCGGGGAGGUUGUGGGGCCCGGGAUGUCUUCGACGUCUUCUUCUUCAGUCGCGGGCCGCGGUUGUGCUCGCGGCCGCAACCGCAAUCUGCGGCCCGCGGCUCAAGAAGAAGGGGCGGCUCUCCAAUAGAUGGCACUUGUUCUCGUUUGCGUCGACUGCCGUGCGGCGCGCGGCGAUGUUAGAAAAAGCAAAAGGCUGGUGGACCUUCGCGCUGGUUAGAAAGAUGUCCACGCACGCACUUGGUAUACCAGUAGCGCCCCGCGACCUUUAUACAUGUCGAUGCCUCUUCUUAUUCAUUUCCAGGUCCUCGCCGAGCUUCGCGACGAGCUUGGCGGGAUUCUGCGGAGUCUGGCCGUCCUGAAAAAGGACGACUCGGAGAUUCAGUACGACGUUGAGAAGCUGUACCGCGCCAAAGAGGUCGUGGACUACGUAUUGGAUGCCAAGAAAACGCAACAGAGCAUCGACACCGAGCUCCUGCACGCAAGGUUCAACUUCAAAAUAGUACCCGCUAGUAGUGCUGGCGAAGGAACAAGUGUUUUGGUAGCGUGAGUGCAGCAAAUACAUGAUUGAAAGUAUGUUCUUCUUGUUUCCAAAGGUAAACGAACUGUAUGUAAUGUAGAAAUUCGCCUACUUGUAUUUAGCAUUUCUGUGCUUGCCUUGUAGUGAAAAUCAAUGUAAGAUGCAUGGAAUAGAGUGUAAGUGAAUAUAUACGAUGUUGCUGAAGAGGCAAAGGAAGCAAGUCUGAAUCUGAAAGAGCGUCGUAAUAUCUAAAAAUUGCACUCUGCGCAUUCUCGGUUCUCGAUUGUUUUUUGAAUCAAUCGCGAAGAAGAGAAAACGAC